GAAACACAGCCCAUACGCAUCACAGGCAACACAGGAUACACACUCACACUCACACAUGCACACACUCUUAGUGGUUUACGCACUCAAUCAUAUCUCAAACUGGAGCUGGGGUGAGGAAACAGAAUGUCAGGGAAGGAAGCGCUGAAGGCUGUAGGAAAGCACGAUUCGCCUCAAGUCUGUAGAGCAGCUUUUUGACCGGCUCUGGAACAGAGUUCAGUGAGAAGAUUGGAUUUAAAAGAGGAGGGAAAUUUAAGAUUUCUAAGGCCAGAAUCUAAAGGGAGAAGAUUUAAAGCUAAAGAAAAGUGUUUGAAACUCCAUCUUCAAUUGGACACCACCCUCUGGAUCUGAGUUUUCAAAGAAAGAGGAGAUAUAUCAGGAGGAAAUUCUUGAAAUUCUCUUUGGCUCUGAACACUCAACACUUUCAAGGUCUCUCAUCAGAGUCACAUCAUCUGCUGCCACCAGCCAACUACAGGAGGACACAGUGAACACAGUAAGUACAACCAACUUUAUGAAUACUACUUAAAAAAAAAAAAAAAAAACUACCAUAAAAAGACAGAAAAACUUCACCCUGAUCCUAAAAGUUUAUAAAGUGUAUGUUUGAAAUGAAAUAUUCUGAAGUUGUGUCUUCACUCUCGAGGUUUUUUUAAUUUCUCAAGUUAAUUAAACAAAGGGUGCACUUAUGACGUCACAGAAAGACAAGUGUUCGAGCUGCUUGAUGAUUGAAUGGAGGAUAGACUGUGCCGACAUACUCUGAUAAGCAGCAACCCCUCUUAAAUAAAACUAAUCCAGUUGGUAUUUCCAACUGCGCUUUAAGAUUUUUGGAGCAAAAGCAGAGACGUAUAGUUGCUAUAACUCCUGAUAAAAUCUUAAAGAAAGGUUAUGUAACAAGGCACUGAAACUCCAAACAGCUCUUAUUUAUGACACAAAGUCCUCCAGUGGUCUUAAAAGAAGUUUUCCAUACUCUGUGAUCCUGAUAAAACAACAUCCCUCAUGUCUAGAUACAAUAAAAAAAAAAAUAUAUAUAUAUUAAUCAUCACAAAGAAGUGAGCUUGCUAUAGGGGUAGGGCGUGUUGACUGUCGUUAACUGUUCACUUCUUUAUAUAAUGUUGAUUGAACAAAAAAAAAAGGAUUUACUGUGUGUAAAAAAAAUAUGUUUACACUAAAAGUUCACAUUGUACUUGCUGUAACAUCAUUAGCGGUGAGUACACAGAGAACAGAGGGAAAUGGUGAGAUGCUGUUCUUCAACGCUUGUACUCAGUCACAUGGAAAUGUUUGGCUAAAGCACAGCGUGUAUUCUUUCAAAACCCAAGUCAAAACACCGUCCUGACACUUAAAAUAGUGAUUACUUGGAUUUUUUUCAGUUUUCCAGCUGCUGUGCACUCAUUGUUCUAGCUCGUGGUUAUCCUGGAGUUUGGAGGUGGGGUCAGUGGAGCCCAUUUCCUCGCACUUAAAGCUGUGCAGUUAUCUGUGUUGACUUUCCACACCUUUCACCACUUUAUUUAAGGAACCCAAUGCCGAUGGAUUAACAUUCUUCUGCGCUCUGUGUUUUUAAUGAAAAGACUGAAGAAACCAGGACACACUGAGAAGAGAAGAUUUUAUUUAGACAGAAAAUAAGCAAUUUUAUGGAAAUCCUUUCACUGCAUCACAUACACAAGGAGACCCUCAGAGUAGUUGGCACACUCCUGUAAACAGAAAAGUCCUUACAGCGGAGUUAAAAUGACUCCAAUCCAGAGAAAACCUUUAUAUUUGGCAGAUUAAAUAAUCAGAUUUAGAUACUGGGCUGAAACCAUUUUUUUCUGUCCUUCAGCACAACCACAAAGGAGAUGAGUCUGUCAAGGAACGGGACUCUGGAGAAGACGGUGUCGGAGCAGGCCCACUCUGAGCGGGGCUCCCCCUCCAGAGCGGGGUCAGGGGUCGUGGUACCGCCUCCAUACUCCCUGGGGGGCAGUGAAGCCCCUGACAGCCCCCUGGAGUUACGGGGUUCUCUUGACUGCUGGGCAUGCUCGGUGUUGGUCACAGCCCAGAAUAUGAUCAUAGCUUUGAUCAACGCCGGGCUGGCAAGCAUCGUGUUUGGCACCAUCCUCACGCCCGCGCUCGCCAUGAUCAUAUUCGGCUUUCUCUGCCACUCCACGGUAAGAAAAAAUUGUUUUGAUGCAAUCGUAAUAUGGUCCAUGAACAUCAACAUACCAAUCUGAAUCCAUCAUUUUUGCUCCUUUGAUUGUAAUUCAGCUUUUUAAAACCUCAUUUAUCAUCCUGAUGAAAUGUGUUCCCAUCAAAAUGAAGAUUAGCUCCUGAAAUGACAUUUAACCUUUUCAAAUCCAGUCAAGCCUGCGGAAACAACCAAGAAGACAGUCAGGACUUAAUUAGCCCCUGCUUUUGGUUGAAUUCCCUCAAACAGGAUUUUGUCUCCAAAAUGCAGUGAAGCCCCCUCAGAGUUAAAAAAAAAGAACUCCUUUAUCUACUCCUAUAAAAUAAAAUUUAGCUCACCCCAAAUCUAAGUAAACCCUUGAAAUGCAGUCUAGCCCUUACCUUCUGGUAGUACUUGGCUUCCUGAGAACUUUUUUAGCCCUCUCCAAGCCUCACUUACCUUCCUAAACUAUCAUGAAACCUCUAUAGCUGUAAGAUUGAGAUUAAGCCUUCUAGAGUGAGAUUAAGAUGACCUAAAGUCAAUAAACCUUACUGACAACGUUGGCCCCUCUAAAUUUAAGCUAGCUCCAAAAAGGGUUCCUUUUUUACCAUCAAAAUCUAAUUUGACCCCUGACAUGAAGUUUGUGUCUGUCUCUCCUUAUGUAAUUUGCCCCCCUAAACAACUAAUUUCUCCUCAAACUUGAUCCUCUUAAACAUCAUUUAACACAUUUAUUUGCCCAUUAACACCCUAGAAACAUAAUCUAACACUCUCUGAAGCUAAUUUAGCCCCACAGUUUGGAGUGACUCCCUUUUAGUGUGAGUCAGUCCCUGUAAAAUCCACUAUAAUCCCCGAGGAACAUUAUCAAGCCCCCUGAAAUACCUCAUCAAACAUAACUUCACUUAAAUCCACAGUUUUUCCUUCUGACUAAGUCUGAUUUUGUCCCUGAAACAUAAUUUAAGCCCCUUAAAAUCACGUCUUCUUUACUUGCCUAGUCUCCAAAAUCUUUUCCUCCAUCUUAUAAAACAUUAGUCUAUACAGUAAUAACAUUUACGACAAAUAAACUGCUGGCAGAAACAGACAUGGUUACCACAGUUAGCAAAAUGUCAACAUUUGCUGCUUUUUUUUAAAACAAAAAUACAAAUAAAAUGUUCAUCAGACUUACUACAGAGGGGUAAUAUGUGUUGGAAGAAGUCUAUGAAUCGAUAACAAAGAGUAUGUAGAUAUCAGAAAACACAAGAGAGUUCAGAUUAUAAUGGUCAGACUGGUGCCUCACACUGAUUAUACCACAUACUUGUACUAUGCUGUCAUAAAGAAAAAGGUGGUACCUCCAGUAAAAACACAAUCAAUCUGUUGUUCUGACAGGAAAUGAUGGCGACUGUCCGUCAAACUCAGACCCGCGAUUGCCACAUCAGUCAAACCACACACACACACACACACACACACACACACACACACACACACACACACACACACACACACACACACAGAAAGGAAAAUAUUGUUUCAGAUAUAUGAGAUUGUUUUUAAAGAUCUUUCUGGAUCUUCCAGAAGCUUAAUUUAAAUUUUCUGCAGCUGUGACUAAGCCGUUCAAGUUUCUCUCUGCAGUGCAUUAUGGGAGAAUAGUGGACCCUAUUUGAAACCAUAAAAAUGUGGGCCAUCUUGAAUUUAUACUGACCAUUUAGUUCAUUUAAUCAAUCACUUUCCAGAUAAGAGAAGCAUGUAUAUUCGGUACUCCCUAAAAUCAGCCUGAAAUAUGGAACUGUGCCACAGACUGGUACUUGAGUAAAGGUCACGUUGUGUAACUUUGGUGUUAUUCAUCUAUCCUUGUCCUCUCCUCCUCCAGGUGCAGCCUCAUGGGACCUCGCUGUACUGCUCAGACCUGCUGGAUGACGGGGGCUGUGUGGCCCUGCUGGUUGUGGGCUUCCUGUUGCUGACCCCCCUGCUGGUCCUGGCUCUGGCUGCUUACUGUCGCUUGGCCCGGCACCUCCAGCUGGGCAUGUGUUUUAUUCCCUACAGCCGCGCCGUGUACAAGAACCUGCCCGCCUCACGCCACAGAGGGGGUGCGUCAGGAGGCUGCUGUGGCCAGCAGGGAAGUGUGGAGAGGGAGGGGAAGGGCAGUGUGUGGGUAUAGAAGGGGGGUUGUGUGGUUUAUGUAUCCAUGUUUAAAGAUGGGCGCUGGAUUGUUUGGAUCUUUUAUUUUUUUAGAAGCAGUCUCAGUUGUAUGUCUUCCUAUACAGCCUUUGUAAAAAAAUAUCAUAUUUCAUCAUUUAUAGUGAUUGUGUUGGAGUCAAUUAUGCUUUCUGUAUACAAUUUGAAUGUUAUGAAUGUAUUUCUACCUUUUUACAAUAAAACAUCAUUUAACUUUUCAUCAUUUGUAUAUGCAAGAAAAAUGACAGAUGUUAACCUGAAAUGAACUAGUUUCCUUCAACACCAGGUAGUGAAUUUGAGAUGCACUGAAAAGAUAAACAGGUAAACAAUAUAUAUCCCAUACAGCUUCAUUAUUAACAUUAUUUUUUUAAGUAUUGUAGGUUUUUUGAAUAAAAGAUUUUGAAAAACUUUAGAAAAAAAGGAAAAGAUGUUCAGUUUUAUUUUCGACAAUGUUUUUUUACACUUGUUGCCUACUUUGAUAAAAAGAAAAAAUAUUAUGUUCAAACAA